GAGAGUCCAGAGAGGAGCCGCUGGGAGAGAACCCAAGCAUUUGCUCAAGCCAAGGCUUUAUCUGGAUACACAUUUGUCUGCCUGUCAUUCUAGGCUGCAUCAUCUGAUCAACAGGGGGAAGACUCCCAAGUCUAAAGACUUGGAGACAUGGAGAUCUGAGCAUAAAUGGGAUUGUCACACUGCAAUAAUCUUAUUCUUAUCUUAUUUUUUUGCUGUGCAAAUUUACUCGGGAGACACUGCUAUGGCUGUCGUCUAUGUGUUCUGGCUGGCGCCCCACUAGUUUAGUCAUUUUAUUGCAGGGGAGUAGCCGGCCUUUUAUGAGGAACAGCGUCACUCAUGCCCUGGAACCUUACAGCACCUUGCAAUAUGAUGGCAGCUCACUACCAACCAGGAACCUCAAGGAAAGCAAAUAUGUUUCACCGUUGCACACCCAGCAGCUGAGGAAGAACAAACAAUGAGAUAAAUAAGAGGACUAAGGUCCAGAACCCCUCCAGCUAAUUAUAGCAAUAGUACAUCUUGGUACCAUUUAAGGAACGCACUGCCUAUGGGCACAGAAGGUUAUGUGUUUUGUGAUGAGGAGGACACCAAAUUCUGAGGGCACAAUGGCACCGCAGGUUCAAGUUGUGUAUUUUCCAGAGAACUCAUCCAUAGGCUGGAUAACCCCAACCACUAAUGUGACUAAAAAAUCGCCUUCUCCCCUCAUGGAGCUUUAAUAUCUUAGCUUUGCUAACUUUUUCCAGAUAUAUUUUUCCCCCUUCUGUCUUUUCUAUUUCUUUUUCUUCCGAUGCUUUUGCUCAUCUAAAUUUACCAGCAUCUUGGCAUAAAUGGAUGGACCCACGUCUGUGAAACACUGUGAUAAUGUGCCCGGCACCUCCUGGGCAUUGCUGGGCUCAUGGAACAUGUUAACUGCAACCGACCGUGACAUUGGCAGCUAUGCCGAGAGAUUUUGGAUUACCCCAAUUGUAAUGGAAAAAGAACAGCUGGGAAGUUAAUGUUGCCGACCCUGCGAAAAUGAUUCACGUCAAUAAUUUUCCAUUUCGGAGACAUUCUUGGAUAUGCUUCGAUGUGGACAAUGGCACCACAUCGGGACGGAGUCCCCUGGAUCCCAUGACAAGCCCGGGAUCAGGGCUGAUUCUUCAAGCCAACUUUGUCCACAGUCAGCGAAGGGAAUCCUUCUUGUACAGGUCAGACAGUGACUAUGAACUGUCUCCAAAGUCCAUGUCCAGGAACUCCUCCAUUGCUAGUGAUAUACAUGGAGAUGACUUGAUUGUAACACCAUUUGCUCAGGUACUGGCCAGUCUGCGCACUGUAAGGAAUAAUUUUGCUGUACUAACCAAUUUGCAAGAUCGGGCACCCAGCAAACGAUCCACAAUGUGUAACCAACCAUCCAUCAACAAAGCCACUAUACCAGAGGAGGCCUAUCAAAAACUGGCCGGAGAGACCCUGGAGGAGCUGGACUGGUGCUUGGACCAACUGGAGACUUUACAGACCAGGCACUCUGUCAGUGAGAUGGCUUCAAAUAAGUUCAAAAGAAUGCUCAAUCGGGAGCUAACCCACUUCUCUGAAAUGAGCCGAUCCGGCAAUCAAGUUUCAGAAUACAUCUCCAACACCUUUUUAGAUAAACAGCAUGAAGUGGAAAUGCCGACACAGGCCCAAAAGGAAAAGGAGAAGGAGAAGAAGAAGAGGCCCAUGUCUCAGAUCAGUGGGGUGAAGAAACUCAUGCACAGCUCUAGUUUAACAAAUUCAAAUAUUCCCAGGUUUGGCGUCAAGAGUGAAAACGAAGAAUGUCUAGGCAAGGAACUCGAAGAUGUGAACAAAUGGGGCCUUAAUAUUUUUAAAGUAGCAGAGUUUUCCGAAAACCGACCUCUCACGGUUGUCAUGCACACUAUUUUUCAGGAACGAGAGUUGUUGAAGACAUUUAAGAUUCCAGCAGACACCUUAAUAACAUAUUUAAUGACGUUAGAAGAUCAUUACCAUGCCGACGUGGCUUAUCAUAAUAACAUACACGCAGCAGAUGUCGCUCAGUCUACCCAUGUGCUUCUGUCAUCUCCAGCUUUGGAGGCGGUCUUCACGGACCUGGAAAUCCUUUCUGCAAUUUUCGCCAGUGCAAUACAUGAUGUGGAUCACCCCGGAGUCUCCAACCAGUUUCUCAUUAACACAAACUCUGAAUUAGCCUUGAUGUACAAUGACUCAUCCGUGCUGGAGAACCACCAUUUAGCUGUAGGAUUUAAGCUGCUGCAAGAGGAGAAUUGCGACAUUUUCCAGAACCUGACCAAAAAGCAGAGGCAAUUACUUAGGAAAAUGGUCAUUGAUAUAGUUUUAGCAACAGACAUGUCAAAACAUAUGAAUUUAUUGGCUGACUUGAAAACAAUGGUUGAAACAAAGAAAGUGACAAGCUCGGGAGUCCUACUUCUGGACAACUAUUCAGAUAGGAUUCAGGUACUGCAGAAUAUGGUCCACUGUGCAGACCUGAGCAAUCCCACAAAACCUCUGCCGCUUUAUCGACACUGGACAGAUAGGAUCAUGGAGGAGUUCUUCCGGCAAGGAGAUCGGGAGAGAGAAAGAGGCAUGGAGAUUAGUCCCAUGUGUGACAAGCACAAUGCAUCUGUUGAAAAAUCACAGGUGGGAUUCAUAGACUACAUUGUUCAUCCACUGUGGGAGACAUGGGCAGAUCUUGUUCAUCCUGAUGCCCAGGAUAUCUUAGACACACUAGAGGACAAUCGUGAAUGGUACCAGAGCACAAUUCCCCAGAGUCCGUCCCCUGCACCCGAUGAACAGGAAGAAGGCAAACAAGGGCAGACUGAAAAAUUCCAGUUUGAACUCACACUGGAAGAGGACGGGGAGUCCGAUACAGAGAAGGACAGUGGGAGUCAGGUGGAAGAAGACAACAGCUGCAGUGACUCAAAAACUCUUUGUACGCAGGACUCAGAAUCGACUGAAAUUCCACUGGACGAUCAGGUGGAGGAAGAGGAGAUCCAGCUAGAGCCUAGCUCCAUAGAGCAAGCGCACUCUCCUGACACGUAACAGCGUGAAAGCCUUUCCCUCUCUCCCUUAUUUCAUUUUUGUUUUUAGAAAAAUGGUUUCCAAAGUGCAUGAAACAUGCCACAAACCAUGGUCACGCCUCACUUUCAUCUGCUAGGAUGUUUGUUGAUCAUCAACUCAGUUUGGCACUCAGGAAUAUUACCAUUUCCAUGGCAUCGGAAUGUGAGCAGGAUAAAGUCCUUGGUUAUCUGUGGAGUGCACGUUGAAGGAACAGACAGAUUUCAGCAUGGAGGGUUCUGUGAAGAAGACAAUGACACCUUGAACCCUGCUAGCGGAUACUGAUUCCUGCUUGGAAGGGAUGAUAUAGCGGCGCAGCAGGAUGAUGAUGAGCUGUGGAGAUUUCAUCAUUUUCUAAUUUUAAGUCUUCCUGAUUAAAAAAAAAAAAAGGACUAAAAAGAAAAAAAGAUCUGAAUGUGCAGCAUUUUUUGCCGCACCGUCCUCCGCAUUUUGUAUCAUAUGUAAAACAGAGAUUUUUUUUUUUCAUUUUUUUUAAAGAGCUUACUUUUAACAGUAAAUAUUAUAUUGAGGUAUUAUAUUUAAAAAAGUACAUAUGGAAAUUUCAUCCACCACUGAUUCUUUUUUUUUUUCCCAAAGAGUAACUUGGCGAGUUUUCGUUAACAAAAUAUGUGCUACACUGGAUGACUUUAACUCCUGGUUAUGGAUUAUUUUGCACCUUAGAAUUUCACAGCAAUGAAACUGAACUGUAGAACUCCAUUGUUUUUUAUAUGCUUGCAUUCUUUUUUAUACACUGUCGCGCAGGAAACCCUUUCAGUACAACUUCGUUUUUACUCUUCGUUUUCAUGUUUUGAUUAGCACAGAACGAAUGCGUUGGGCACUUUCCCGUUCAGGUCACCCCUGUUUUUGUUUUUUUUGUCUUUGCUUCGUAGAAAUGGCGGCGCAAGGGGAUAACCUUCAGCGUAAAGCGCUGUUGUGCUUCAAUGGGCCCGUCGUGUACAUCUGUGCAUUGCAAUGUAACAAUUUGAAGAUCUGGGUUUCAGCCCAAGCUCUUUAAGAAUGCCUCAAGCUGUUUUUCUUUUUUGCUUUACACGUGUGUGUGCGAUUGAAAGUCAAGUAUCAACUCUGCAAAGUGCUCCAGGCACAUAAAGUCACAUUCUACAAAUGUAAAUGUUUAGUAGGCACUAUGAUUGCUAACAAAAUUACUGUACCUGAACAACUGGGUCUGGAGACGACACAGUGGGGUCUUUGUAUCAGAGAUUACUUUGUCCUCCAGGCUAAUUAAUAGCAUAUUCCUUAUGCUAUCCUGUGAUAGAAAACCAAGACCAUCUGCAACAGUGAUAACCAGUCUAUUGCCCUUGACCGGCAAAGGAUUAUUGGUUUGGGGAGGGGGGGAAUAAACUAGAGCAGGGGUAACCAACCUUUUUCACCCGUGAGCCACAUUCAAUUGUAAAAAGAAUUGGAGAGCAAAACAAGCAUGAAAAAUGUUCCU